UGAGAAUAAAUAGUUGGGAAUGAAUGGUAGUUGCCGCUAGCCCCAGGCGGUGGGCCACUAGGGGAAUCUCCUGGCUCGCCGACCGGUUGGGAGGUCAUAGCCACCCAGCAGCAGUCCGUAUCUUUUAACCGACCCCUCCGUAACUAUUUUGGCUGAGUUCAACAGCCCUUGUCCGGCAUCCCGCGCAGAACGGCACGAUUGUCCGGCACCAUGCCGGUAUCGGGCGUCCUCGGUCUGUUUUUUGCGGCUCUCUUCGGCAGCGCAUCUGCAUGGCCGUUCAGUGGAGCGUCCGCCACGACGCUUGGAAGGAUCAGGCUGCGGGUGGACCCUCUCGGGAUACACUCUUUCGCGCUGUACGGCGUUCCAGAUCCCAGCAGGAUGGAGCACGACAUAUUCUGGGCCAUCACGAAUCCAGGCGAGAUGGCGCCAGUCGAGGUGGACGCUAACAGCUCGUUUGUUUUACGAACUACGGACAUGACGUUCCGUACCAUAAUAUUCGCGGACAUGAACCACGACCUACGUACCAAGGCUCUGCAUCCAUGGAAAAUAUGUUUCUCCAACCCGAUGGUUGAUUCUGGUGCGAAAAUUGAGCUCAAGCACAGCACCUCUGGGUUCGUUUGGAUCGAAGAGGGCCAGCAAUUAUGCCAGGCGACGGACCACAGCCACGAUUUCGAGGUGCAUGACCGGGAUAGGGAGCCAAUAUUUACCAUCAAGGUCAGGGAUCCGAGGGGGGAGUUGUGAGGGAGAGGCCGUGGGUGUAGCCAGAGCAGCACGCAGGCUCCUCUUCUUCACGAGGAGCGUCGCACAACGCACAAGGCUGCGGUGCCGCGCUGUUUGCUCAGCUACGGCAGGAUGACGAAGAUCAUUUGCCCCGCUCACGCGUAUGUGAUAUACCACCCGCCGAGACCACACAA